AUGAACCGGGCCAAGACUGCCACGGUCCGGAGGCCCAGCGCUGCGGCCAAGCCAUCAGGACACCCUCCACCAGGAGAUUUUAUUGCCCUGGGCUCAAAGGGACAGGCCAGUGAGUCGAAGACAGCCUCCACUCUGCUGAAGCCAGCCCCUCCUGGCCUGCCUUCAGAGCGCAAGCGGGAUGCCACAGCUGCGCUAUCUAGUGCCUCAGCGCUGACUGGCCUCCCCAAGCGCCCCAAACUCUCUUCCACACCCCCACUGAGUGCCUUGGGCCGCCUGGCUGAGGCUGCGGUGGCAGAAAAACGAGCUAUAUCUCCCUCAAUUAAAGAACCUUCUGUGAUACCAAUUGAAGUCCUGCCCACAGUGCUGCUGGAUGAGAUCGAGGCUGCAGAACUUGAGGGCAACGAUGAGCGCAUCGAGGGCGUGCUGUGUGGGGCGGCCAAGCAGCUGCGGCUCACACGGGCCAAGCCCGACAGCACGCUGUACCUGAGCCUCAUGUACCUGGCCAAGAUCAAGCCCAACAUCUUUGCCACAGAGGGUGUCAUUGAGGCGCUGUGCAGCCUUCUGCGUCGGGAUGCCUCCAUCAACUUCAAAGCCAAGGGGAACAGCCUGGUCUCUGUGCUGGCCUGUAACCUGCUCAUGGCUGCCUACGAAGAGGACGAGAACUGGCCCGAAAUCUUUGUCAAGGUGUACAUUGAGGACUCCCUGGGUGAGCGCAUCUGGGUGGACAGCCCACACUGCAAGACCUUUGUGGACAACAUCCAGACAGCCUUCAACACCAAGAUGCCCCCCAAGAGCGUGCUGCUGCAGGGGGAGGCAGGUCGCGGCGGAGGGGACCUCAGUGCUGGGAGCAGCCCACACCCCUCCCUCACCGAGGAAGAGGACAGCCAGACUGAGCUGCUGAUAGCGGAAGAGAAGCUGAGUCCCGAGCAGGAGGGUCAGCUCAUGCCCAGGUAUGACGACCUCACCGAGAGUGUGGAGGAGUAUGUGCUGGAUGUACUGCGGGACCAACUCACCCGGCGCCAGCCCAUCGACAACGUCUCCAGGAACCUACUGCGGCUGCUCACCUCCACCUGUGGCUACAAGGAGGUGCGGCUGAUGACGGUGCAAAAGCUGGAGAUGUGGCUGCAGAACCCCAAGCUGACCAGGCCAGCCCAAGACUUGCUGAUGGCUGUGUGCAUGAACUGCUGCACUCAUGGCGCCGAGGACGUGGACGUCAUCUCCCAUCUAAUCAAGAUCCGCCUCAAACCCAAAGUGCUGCUCAACCACUACAUGCUCUGUGUCAGGGAGCUGUUGAAUGCCCACAAAGACAACCUGGGCACCACCAUCAAGUUUGUGGUCUUCAACGAGCUGUCUAACGCGCGGAACCCCAACAACAUGCAGAUCCUGUACACCGUGCUACAGCACAGCGCCGAGCUGGCGCCCAAGUUCCUGGCCAUGGUGUUCCAGGACUUGCUGACCAACAAGGACGACUAUCUGCGGGCCUCGAGGGCCCUGCUGCGUGAGAUCAUUAAGCAGACCAAGCACGAGAUCAACUUCCAGGUGCUGUGCCUGGGCCUCAUGCAGGAGCGCAAGGAGCCGCCACACCUGGACAUGGAGUUCAAGGAACGCUUUGUGAUCCACGUGACAGACCUGCUGGCCGUGUCCAUGAUGCUGGGGAUCACUGCCCAGGUGAAGGAAGCUGGCAUCGCUUGGGACAAAGGCGAGAAGAGGAACUUGGAGCUGCUGCGAGCUUUCCAGAGCCAGACGGCUGCCAUCCAGCGGGAUGCCGUGUGGUGGCUGCACACUGUGGUGCCCUCUAUCAGCAAGCUAGGCUCCAAGGACUACGUGCACUGUCUCCACAAGGUGCUCUUCACAGAGCAGCCUGAGACCUACUACAAGUGGGACAACUGGCCUCCGGAGAGCGACCGCAACUUCUUCCUGCGCCUCUGCUCGGAGGUGCCCAUCCUGGAGGACACACUCAUGCGCAUCCUGGUGAUUGGUCUGUCCCGUGAGCUGCCGCUUGGCCCUGCUGAUGCCAUGGAGCUUGCUGACCACCUGGUGAAGCGUGCUGCCGCUGUGCAAGCUGAUGAUGUAGAAGUGCUGAAGGUGGAGAGGAUUCAACUGAUCGAUGCUGUCCUGAACCUGUGCACCUACCACCACCCAGAGAACAUUCAGCUCCCUCCCGGGUAUCAGCCUCCGAACCUGGCCAUCUCCACUCUCUACUGGAAGGCCUGGCCACUCCUUCUGGUCGUGGCUGCCUUCAACCCUGAAAACAUCGGUCUGGCCGCCUGGGAAGAGUAUCCCACCCUGAAGAUGCUCAUGGAGAUGGUGAUGACAAACAACUACUCGUACCCGCCAUGCACCCUGACGGAUGAAGAGAGCCGCUCUGAGGUGAUCAGCAGGGAGCUGCAGAUCUCCCAGCGUGAGAAGCAGGAGAUCCUGGCCUUCGAGGGGCACCUGGCAGCCGCGUCCACCAAGCAGACCAUCACCGAGAGCAGUAGCCUCCUCCUGUCCCAACUCACUAGCCUCGACCCCCAAGGGCCCCCCAGGAGGCCCCCUGCCUUCAUCCUGGAGCAGGUGAAAGCCCUCAACCAGUCCCUGCGGCUUGGUCACCUGCUAUGUCGUAGCCGCAAUCCUGACUUCCUGCUCAACAUCAUCCAGAGGCAGGCCUCCUCGCAGUCUAUGCCCUGGCUGGCCGACCUGGUGCAGUCCAGCGAGGGCUCCCUGGACGUGCUGCCGGUGCAGUGUCUUUGUGAGUUCCUGCUGCAUGAUGCCACUGCCGCUACUACCACCGCUGGGGAUGAGGAGGAGGACAGCAAGAGCAAGGAGCACAAGGCCCGGAAGCGGCAGAGACAGCAGAAGCAGCGGCAACUGCUGGGCCGCCUGCAGGACCUGCUGCUGGGCCCCAAGGCAGAUGAGCAGACCACGUGCGAGGUGCUGGACUACUUCCUGCGGAGGCUCAGCUCCUCCCAGGUGGCCUCGAGGGUGCUGGCCAUGAAGGGCCUGUCGCUGGUGCUCUUGGAGGGCAGUCUGCGGGACGGGGAGGAGAAGGAGCUGCCGGCAGAUGAGGAUGCGGAGCCUGAGAUGCUACAGGGUUACCAGUGGCUGCUCCGAGACUUGCCCCGCCUGCCUUUGUUCCACAGUGUCAGGGGCACCACUGCAUUGGCACUACAGCAGGCCAUCCACAUGGAGACAGACCCGCAGACCAUCACCGCCUACCUGGUGUACCUGUCCCAGCACACACCGGUGGAGGAGCAGGGCCAACACAAUGACUUGGCUCUGGACGUUGCCCGGCUCGUUGUGGAGCGCUCCACCAUCAUGGCACACCUCUUCUCCAAGCUGGCCCGCAGCGCCGAGUCCGACACUGUGUUGGUGGCUUUGCUCUCCAUCUUCUCGCGCUAUGUUCAGCGCAUGCGCAAGAGCAAGGAGGGCGAGGAGGGCUACAGCUGGUCGGAGUCCCAAGACCAGGUGUUCCUGCGCUGGAGCAGUGGGGAGACAGCCACCAUGCACAUCUUGGUGGUGCAUGCCAUGGUGAUUCUGCUGACACUGGGGCCGCCCCGCACUGGUGACAGCGAGUUCCGGGCUCUGUUAGACAUCUGGUUUCCGGAAAAGAAGCCACUGCCCACUGCCUUCCUGGUGGACACGUCGGAAGAGGCCCUGCUGCUGCCUGACUGGCUGAAGCUGCGCAUGAUCCGCUCUGAGGUGCCGCGCCUGGUGGAUGCAGCCCUGCAGGACUUAGAACCCCAGCAGCUGCUGCUGUUCGUGCAGUCCUUCGGCAUCCCCGUUUCCAGCAUGAGCAAGCUGCUGCAGUACCUGGACCAGGCCGUGGCCCAUGAUCCCCAGACCCUGGAGCAGAACAUCAUGGACAAGAAUUACAUGGCCCAUUUGGUCGAGGUCCAGCACGAGAGAGGAGCCUCUGGGGGCCAAACCUUCCACUCCCUGCUCACAGCCUCCUUGCCCCCCCGGCGAGACAGCACGGAUGCCCCCAAACCAAAAAGCAGCCCUGAGCCCCUGGCUGGCCAGGGGAGGAUUCGGGCAGGCACCCAGGUCCGGCCCGUUGGGCCCGAGGACGACCUGGCCUGCUUGUUCCUGCAGAUCUUCCCGCUGAGCCCCGACCCCCGAUGGCAGAACACCAACCCCCGCCCUCUCUCGCUGGCUCUGCAGCUGGCUCUGGGCCAAGAGCUGGCCCAAGUGCGUCAGGGCGCCCCCGCUGUGGCAGGCACCGCAGUCCGUGUCCUGCAAGCCCUGGCCACCUUGCUGAACUCACCACACGGGGGCGCCCUGGUGAUGGCCAUGCACCGCAGCCACUUCCUUGCCUGCCCACUGUUGCGCCAGCUCCACCAGUGCCAGCGCAGUGUGCCCCAGGACGCCAGCUUCUCCUCGCUGCUGCUCCAAGUGAUGACGCAGAUGCUACAGUGGCUGGAGGGCCACACCGUGGAGCCCGGGCCCCUGCUGGCUCAGCUCCGACUGCUCACCACCCAGUACUCCGCCCGGCGCAGGGGCAGCGAUGUCCGUAGUGGAUUCCUGCACCUGGCGGAGACCCUGGCCUGCCGGCAGGACCUGGAAGCAGUUACCCCCACAGUGCGGGCCGUCACUUCUGCCCUCAGGUCUGGGGAGUGGUGCAGUUUAGAGCCGGAGCUGGUAGGCAAAGUCCUGCGGGGCCUGAUUGAGGUGCGGUCCCCCCACCUGGAGGAGCUGCUGGCUCUGCUCUUUACUGCCCCCAUGGACCUGGCGUCUGCUUGCACCACCACGAGGCCAGUGUCCGUGGUGAGCACCCUGCUGUUGGAGGAGGAAGAGCCAGAUGAUGGCUGCAGGUGAGGCUGCAAGGGGACUGAACACACGGCAGCGUGUCUGGGGCCCUGCUCAGGGCUGCUGGUCGAUUGGCUGGAAAUGCUGGACCCGGAGGUGAUUGGCAGCUGCCCCGAGCUGCAGCAGAGGUUGUUGUUCUCCAGGAGCAAGGGCAAAGGCCAUGCUGGCCCCCAGGUGCCAUCUUUCCGGCCCUACCUCCUAGCACUGCUCACACAUCAGUCCAACUGGGCCACCUUGCACCGCUGCAUCCAUUUCCUGCUGGGCAAAAGCCGUGAGCACAGGCUUGAUCCCUCCGCCUCCUUGGAUUUUCUCUGGGCCUGCAUCCACAUGCCACGCAUCUGGCAGGGUCGGGACCAACGUACCCCUCAGAAGAGGCGAGAGGAGCUGGUGCUGCGGGUCCGGGCCCCAGAGCUCAUCAGCCUGGUGGAACUGAUCCUGGCCGAGCCGGAGACUCGGGGUCUCGAAGGGAUUGAGGCCUCUUGCAGUCUCAUCCAGAGCCGGCUGCCCCUGCUGCUCAGCUGCUGCCGCGGAGACCACGGGAGCAUCCAGAAGGUGACGGAGCACCUGACAGCCCGUAUCCAGCAGUGGGGGGACAGCAUGCUGGGCAAGCGCUGCCGGGAGCUGCUCCUGCAGAUCUACCUGCAGCGGCCGGAGCUGUGGGGGCCCGUGCCCCAGGUCCUAUUGCACGGCCAGGGCAGUCCAGGCAGCAGCGUCUGCAGGCUGGAUAGUCUCACCCACCGCUUCAUCACCCUCCUGGCUGAUACCAGUGACUCUCGAGCAUCUGAGAGCCGUGUGGCUGAUGCCAACAUGGUGUGCCGGAAGCUGGCAGUGGCCCACCCCAUCCUGUUGCUGAGGCACCUGCCUAUGUUGGCCGCCCUGCUGCACGGGCGCACCCACCUCAAUUUCCAGGAGUUCCGCCAGCAGAACCACCUGACCUUCUUCCUGCACGUGCUGGGCGUGUUGGAGCUGCUGCAGCCACAGGUCUUCCGCAGCGAGCACCAGGGGGCGCUGUGGGACUGCUUGCUCUCCUUCGUGCGCCUGCUCCUGAACUACCGCAAGUCCUCACGCCAACUGGCCCCCUUCAUCAGCAAGUUUGUACAGUUGGUCCACAAGUACAUCACCUGCAAUGCACCAGCUGCUGUGGCCUUCCUGCAGAAGCAUGCUGUUGCGCUCCAUGACCUGUCCUUCGACAACAGUGACCUGGUGAUGCUCAAGACCCUCCUGGCAGGGCUGAGCCUGCCCAGUGGUAGCAGCAUAGCCGACCAGGCCCUGGAUGAGGAACGAGAGGAUGAGAGCCCUGCCGGCUCCCUGCCUCUGGUCAGUGUCUCCCUCUUCACCCCUCUGACCGCAGUAGACAUGGUACCUUACAUGAAGAGGCUGUCCCGGGGCCAGACUGUUGAGGACCUGCUGGAGGUGCUGAGUGACAUCGAGGAGAUGUCCUGGCGGAGGCCAGAAAUCCUGGGCUUCUUCUCAACCAACCUGCAGAGGCUGAUGAGCUCGGCUGAGGAGUCCUGCCGCAGCCUGGCCUUUAGCCUGGCCCUGCGCUCCAUCCAGAACAACCCCAGCAUUGCAGCUGACUUCCUGCCCACCUUCAUGUACUGUCUGGGCAGCCGGGAUUUUGAGGUGGUGCAGACAGCCCUCAAGAGCCUGCCUGAAUAUACUCUGCUCUGCCAAGAGCACGCCGCUGUGUUGCUGCACCGGGCUUUCCUUGUGGGCAUGUACGGCCAGGUGGACACCAGCAGCCAGAUCUCUGAGGCCCUCAGGGUUCUGCACAUGGAAGCCGUCGUGUGA